AUGGAGAAGUACUCGCAGUACCGCGACAGAGGUUCCGGCAUCGCGCCCUUUUUCGCCGUCCCCACGCAGCCGUCCGGAGUCGCUCUGCCCUUCCACUUUUUCCUCUUCGUGUGUCGCGUGCCUCUGCUGCUUACUGCCUCGGCUGUAUAUUUCCUGCUGCUGAGCUGGCUGCCCGUGGGCUCCUUGAUCAAGAAGGCGGCUCUAUGGCUUAUGCUGGGCAUUCCCGGCGUGUGGUGGAUUGACUUGCAGAUUGAUGGUGUGAGACGCGGCUCCCUCGCGAAGCACGACAAAAACCGUUUGCCGCAUCCUGGCAGCAUCAUCGCAUCGUCAUUCACGUCACCACUUGACACGCUCUACCUAGCCACCAUAUUCGACCCUAUUUUCACCAUCUCCUACCCCUCAACCCGCAGUGUGCAACGUAUAUCGCUCUUCCGCGCAUUACUUCUCGCCUUCCAGCACCCGGUGGAAGUCCCGCCUAAAAAUGCGAAACUUACCACUCUCGCAAAGCUUCUGGCGCAGAAUCCGAGUGCAACGAUAGUCGUGCUGCCCGAGUGCACAACCACAAACGGGAGGGGGAUUUUGCCUUUCAGCCCUAGUUUGCUGACGGCCCCGGCUAAGACCAAAAUAUUCUCCAUCAGUUUGCGUUACACGCCUGGGGAUGUGACGACACCCAUCCCGGGAUCCUACCUGCAGUUCUUGUGGAAUCUGUGCUCCAAGCCUACCCACUGUAUCCGUGUCCGCAUAGCGGAAGCUAUGUACAACAACUCCGCCUCGGAGAACUCAGCCUCUACUAGCGCGCGGGCAGCCUCGCCCCAGCCAGGCUACCAUGUCAAGGCAAACAGCCUGGAAGGCAUGGAAUUCGGUGAGCCUGUCGCGGAUGCGGAUGGAGACUUGAACGCAGAGGAGAAGCAAGUCCUCGACCGCGUAGCUGAGGACCUGGCACGUCUAGGCCGGGUCAAGCGCGUUGGUCUUGGCGUCAAGGAGAAGUCGGAUUUCGUCAAGGCGUGGACGAAGAAGAGGAGGUGA